CUUUUCGAAUCUUUCUCGUUUGCGUCGCGUCAGGCGUCGCUUGCGUCGCGUCGCAUGGGCAAUGGAGCCGGAAUAUUCGACGACGCGUUCGUUGGAAGAGUCCGACAAUUUGCGCGUAGUUCCAAACGUAGAAUCUCCCACAUCAUCGAAUUCGUCGCCGUGUCGCACAUUCGUGAGACGAGUUUAUCAUUCGAUAUCGUUUUUACCUUUCAAUCGGGAAAUCUGUUACCGCUGAUGCAAGCGAUUUAAUCGGGACAUAUCAAAUUUGGUUGUUAAAAUUUUUCACAAAUAUAUCACCGACUUUCGACAAUAAUUUUCUUCCGGAUUUGAAAUUAAACAGAUUGUUAUCACGUAGACACUUGUCUAAACCAUCAUUUUUUUAAAUAUACCAUUAUAUUAUCAUUAACGCUACCUCUCUUACAAAGAAGGUGGAUUCCAGACUAUUAAAUCUAUUUUUCAAAUUGUGGCAUGUAUAGAUAAAUGGACAAGUGUAAUUGAAUUGCCAAAUAAGUCAAGUGGAAAUUUCGGAGGGUAUCGAUCAAGCUUGAAUACCCACGUAUUCUAUCAGAAAUUGUUUUGUAAUUUGAUUCAAAAUGAUAGAUCGCACAAAGGACAUAUUCGAUGCCACUUGUGUUAGUGUGUUAUGCUUAACGCCUGAAAAAAAUCUUACCUUAAGACAGUGAGGGAAAUGCGAGAUUAUAGAUGUCAGAAACAGGAGAGGAACGCGCUGUUAGAUUGUAUACAGCUGUGGAGAUAAUGAAGAACGCCAGAGCUAAGGAAACUGAGGAGCAAGCGGCAUUGAGGAGAAUGCAAGAAGCUCAGCGAAUGGCUAGGCAUCGUGCCAAAAAAAAGCGUUGUCUGGACGAGAAUCUUGCGAGAGAGAUUUCUAAAAUUGCAGAGUUGUCUAAAAUGCCUCCUCCGGAUCCCGCUACGAUAGCCCAAAUGUCCGAGAUGAAUAUGAAUAAAAUAUCUGCUGAAUUGAAGCAAAUGAUGGAAAGGGGAAAAGUACCUGAGCAUAUAGUUCAAAUGGCUCAAUUGGCAGAGUUUAGCAAAAUGAAUUCUGAAUUAAAUAAGAUGUCGCAGGAUAUGGCGAAAAGAUACGAAAUGGAAAAGAUGGCGGAAUAUGCCAAAACUACGGAGUACAUGAAAAUGCAAGAGAUUGCCAAGAUGAGCGAAAUGGUGAAAUUUUCCGAAAUGGCCAAGUACAAUGACAUUACCAAAAUCAACGAAAUGGCAAAGAUGAACGAGAUGAUGAAGAUGACGCAAAUGGCCAAAAUCAACGAGGUGCAGAGAAUGAAUGAAUUAGCAAAGUUGAAUGAAAUGGUAAAAAUGACAGAAAUGGCCAAAUACACGAAUAAUGAUAUAACGAAAUUGAACGAGAUCGCUCAAAUUAGCGAGAUGGCGAAGGAGAUUGCAAAGAUGAAUGAAAAAACAAAGAUGAACGAGAUGAUGAAGAUGCAGACGAGCAUGCAGAACGAUAUCGCCAAAAUAUCACCAGAAUACUCGAAGAUGGCGAGCGAGAUGGCCAAGUUGACAGAGCUGGCCAAACUGAACGAGAUAACAAUCACCAAGCUGAACGAUCCACCGGCACUGCCCAAAAUGUCGGAGAUUCAGCCGCCGCCGCCGCCGCCACCACCACGUAUUCCCGAACCUGUGAUCACCGUGCCAAAUCCCAGGAAUUUACAGAAUGUGCAAACUGUACAAGUGGCACAGGCCAGCCCGUCCAGCAUGAUCAAUUUCCCGGCCGUGCCUGGUCAAAACAAUUACGGUAAAUUGUUAAUGAUUAUCGAAGAGCUCGGCAGAGACAUUCGUCUGUCCUAUGCGGGUAGCCGCAGUGCUGCCGAGAGGCUGAAGAACGGCAUUCAGCAAGCCAGAGUUGCCGUGCGGGAUUGCCUGCUAGAGACACAGCACAACGCGCAACAAUGAUUUGUCGCCGAGCUAGCUAGUGAUUAGAAUACUUCUAGCCUUAUACAAUAUUAUUUGACGAGAUGUUGCUUUGUACGAAUAUUUAGAUUUGGACUCUGAUUCACACGACGACGCAUAUACGCAUAUAGAUGGAGCAUCUUGUUUAUGGGAUAAAGAAUCGCUACUUUCUUCACUCUGUCUUGCGAUACAGCUCCAAGAUGGAGUGCCUUCGCUGUGUGCUCGAUCCAUAUACGUAUCUUAUUGAAACUGUGUGCGGCUGAUAACUUUCUCUCUACUUUUAAGUUGCAAUUUAAUAUGUAGAAAGAACUUGAAAUGAAAUGGAGUAUCCAUUUGUAUAUUCUAGAGAUCAUUAGACAGACAGAGAGAGAGAAGGGGAGGAAGGACAGAAUCUUGAUUUAUAUUUUAUAAAACAUAAAGAGACAAUUAUAUACUACGGUUUAUGUUAAAAUCAUCGGGUGAGUACAUUGCAAAUCUCUCAGUAUACGUUUCAAGUGUGUAAAGGAAAGAAAUAUAAGGAAAAGCUUUUCAAACGACAUGUACCUAAUGGAAAGUAUAAUCCCAUAAAUAUAUUCCAUAAAUAUAUAUCGUUAAAUAAAUAAAAGUUUUGUAUACAA